CUCAGAGCUAGCUACUUUUUUUUUUAGAUCGUAAAAAAAAAAUUAUAAUCUGAUAUUGAUCCUUAAGGAACACAUGAGGGGAAUCUAUUGACGUCUAACGUUACUUCGUGGCAUGUCACACAAUGGUGUCAUUUUCGGAUGGAGUUUUGAGGUUCCUAAUAUCUUCAUUUUGAAGUUCUUGAACACUUGAAUUAGGCUAGAUCAUUAUUUCUGUAGACAGGCCGAGAAUUCAUUAUAGAUGCCAAUAGUGGAGCAUUUCUUUGUUACACCAACAGAUCCUAUAGACUAUUUUGCUGUUAUAGACCACACCAUAUGAGUAUAUCUAAACACUGCUGUUUUUAUUUUAUUUUUAAGUUGGGUGCAUUUUAUCUAACAACUGUUGUGUCUGACGUUCCAUUCUUGUGACUCGACACAUUCGAAUAUUUCUGCCCAAAACGUAAUUCUCUACGUAGUCUUGGCACCCGGCUGAAUCGUUGGAGAAAGCUUUCCAUUUUGGCAUAGCCAUCGUUUGAUUGAUCGUCCCUUCACACCGAGAACAAUUAGUGGCUUCCCUCACGAUGAGUUACUUCUUCUACCAAGCAGUGAUUGUAUUGCUACGUGGACUCGUCAUCUCUGCGGUACUGGGAUUGGAAAGCAGCUACUCAAACGAUAUGUUGAACCGUGCGUCUGAUGCCGCAAUUGUAGCCACUACAGACCCCUGUCUGACGGUGAUGCCGCCAUGCAUGGGCGACGCAGACCGUUUCAGCCUGGAGGCCCUCCGGGUCAUCCACAAACAGCUGGAUGACGACAAUGACGGGGGGAUUGAGGUCAACGAGAGUGUAGAGUUUAUUAGAGAAGACAUGAAGCAACAGCAAACCAACAAACACAGUAACCUGCACAGGGAAGACCAACACAUCACCGUAGAGGAGCUGUGGAAGGGCUGGAAAACCUCUGAAGUUCACAACUGGACGACGGAUGACACAGUCCAGUGGCUUAAGGAGUCGGUGGAGCUGCCUCAGUAUGAGAGGAACUUCAGAGACUUCCGGUUCAACGGAAACACUCUGCCUCGAUUAGCGGCAAACGAACCGUCGUUUAUGUCUGGUCAGCUAAAGAUAUUAGACCAGCGGCACAAACAGAAACUAAAUCUAAAAGCACUAGAUGCUGUGCUCUUCGGCCCUCCCUUACGUCCACAACACAACUGGAUGAAGGACUUUGUGUUGAUGGUAUCUAUAGUGAUCGGGAUGGGGGGCUGUUGGUUCGCCUACAUCCAGAACAAGUCUUCCAAGGUGCACAUGAGUCAGAUGAUGAAGGACUUGGAGAGCCUGCAGAGUGCUGAGCAGAGCCUCAUGGACCUUCAGGGACGCCUCGAAAAGGCCCAGGAGGAGAACCGCACGGUGGCGGUGGAGAAGCAGAACCUGGAGCAGAAGAUGAGGGAUGAGAUCAGCGGGGCCAAGAAGGAGUCUUACCGCCUCCGCGAGCUCCGCCAGGGGGCCGAGUGUGAGCUCAGCCGCCUCAAAUAUGCUGAGGAGGAGCUGGUGCAGGUGCGUAUGGCCCUGAAGCGAGCAGAGAAGGAGAUGCAGACGGAGUGGUCGGUCCCAGAGGCCCUACAGAUGUGGCUACAACUCACCCAUGAGGUGGAGGUCCAAUACUACAACAUCAAGAAACAUAGCGCGGAGCUACAGCUCACUGUCGCUAAGGAAGAGGCAGAGAAAAUCAAAAAGAAGAGGAGUUCUGUGUUUGGAACACUUCACGUCGCCCACAGUUCAUCACUGGAUGAAGUGGACCACAAGAUCCUAGAGGCCAAGAAGUCCCUGUCGGAGGUGACCGCCUGCCUGAGGGAGCGUCUCCACCGCUGGCAGCAGAUUGAGAAACUGUGUGGCUUCCCCCUGGUGCACAACUCUGGGCUGCCCAGUCUGACUGCCACCCUGUACUCUGACCACAGCUGGGUGGUCAUGCCCCGCGUCUCCGUGCCCCCCUACCCCAUCGCCGGUGGAGUGGACGACCUCGAUGAGGACACGCCUCCAAUCAUUCCACAAUUCACCUCCUCUAUAAUGCGGCCCCCUCUGACGCGCAGCAGCAGCCUGUGUCGGUCCCGCCGGAGUCUCUACAGCACCCCGCAGCCUUCAAUGAUGUCUGCCGACCCUGACCUGCUCUCUAUGUCCAGCCCACCCCUCUCCUACCACCCAGAGGGUGAAGAAGAACACAUCCUCUUCAUCGAGAGAAAGGGGGACACUCAGGAUACGUCCUCAGACACAGACUCUCUCAACUCCUCCAUGGGACGGAAACAGUCCUAUGCCAACCCCUGCACGCCAGGCCCAGAGCCCCCCUACCGCAAGAUCUCCCGCGAGGAGCUGAUGAUGCUGAGCCAGCAGGAGCCUCAGACUUACAUCCGGGACUCACCCCCUCCUCAAGGGGGAGUUGCGUCCCUCUCGACUUCCUCCUCGGCCAACCCCUCCCCUGCCCUGGAGCACCACUCCCACUCCCACACGCACUCGCACAAACACAAGGGCUCACCCGACCUCACCCGUGGCUCCAUCCCAGAGUCCCACAGCAUGUCCUUCACCACGCCGACGGCGGGCAACAAGGCCGUAUUCAACGGCAUCCUGGAGAAGUCCUAUAGCAUGGGCCAGCUGCCUGCGGGUAUGACGGGGGCAGGGGGGGUGGUGGUGGUGGUGGGGCGCAACCCAUCCCUCACCUCACUGGAUAAUGAGGGCAGGGGGGCGGGGGGCAAGGAGAAGAAACUACAGAGGACCUCUUCUCAGGACUCCUGUGACAACGGAGACAAGACCAAGAAGUCCUCGUCCAAGAUCAAGAGCUUGUUCAAGAAGAAAAAGUAGUAGUACUCAGAGAGCGAGGGAGAGGGGACGGGACAAAAAAUGGAUCAAGAUGAAGUCAUUUUUAGCCUUAAUAAAAAAUGUACGUUGUCAACGGAAGCUAAAACAUUUUUUGUUUGUUCCAUUGUUCCUUUUUUUUCUCCAAAGAUGGAAUGUAAAAGCUCUGUCUGGGCACCUCAAUAAUGCCUUUUAAUGAAUUGUUUUUGCUCACUCAUAGCCUCAAAGUUAAGCCUUCAAAGGUCACAGAAAGGUCAAAGGGUAAAGGGUCAUGCCAGCUGCCAUCGCCCAGGCAAACUUGAAAAGCAUGAGCCUGCUUACUCAACGUCUUCUGGUUCUUUUUCAGUUAAAGAAACAAACAAUACAUUUCACUUGUGUUCUAUCUGGGGGUUGAGGGGCUUGUACCUGACACAUUUAUUUUCAGAAAAAAAAAAAUACUACUUAAGUUUGUUGCACUACUGAUUUCCUGUAUUCUGGGAAAGGACCGCCGCUGCUCGCCAAGUAAAUAUUAAUGUAUACAGUACAGAUGAGAAUGAUGUAUGGGGAGAGGCAUUGGAGAUACAACACAUGGUAGGCUAUUGAAGCCAAAAUCGCUUGGUGUUUCCAAUGUUUUUUUGCAAUGGAUUUUAUUUAUACACACACACACUGAGUAUACCAAACAUUAGAAACACCUUCCUAAUUUUGAGUAGCACCCACCCUUUUUGCCCUCAGAACAGCCUCAAUUGCCGGGGCAUGGACUCGACAAGGUGUGAAAAGUGUUCCACAGGGAUGUUGGCCCAUGUUGACUCCAAUGCUUCCCAUAGUUGUGUCAAGUUGUCUGGAUGUACUUUUGGUGGUGGACCAUUCUUGAUACACAUGGGAAACUGUUCUGUUGAGCGAGAAAAACCUUGUAGUGUUGCAGUUCUUGACACAAACCGGUGUGCCUGGCACCUACUACCGUACCCCGUUCGAAGGCACUUAAAUCUUUUGUCUUACCUAUUCACCCUCUGAAUGGGACACAUACACAAUACAUGACUCGGUUGUCUCAAGGCUUAGAAAUCCUUAUUUAACCUGUCUCCUCCCCUUCAUCAACACUGAUUGAAGUGGAUUUUAGAAGUGACAUCAAUAAGCAAUCAUAGCUUUCAUCUGGAUUGACCUGGUCAAACAUGGAGCAGGUGUUCUUAUUGUUUUGUAACACACUACAUAUAGAAAAGUAUGUGGACACCCCUUCAAAUCAGUGGAUUCGGCUAUUUCAGCCAUAUCCGUUGCUGAAGGGUGUAUAAAAUCGAGCACACAGCCAUGCAAUAUCCAUAGACAAACAUUGUCAGUAGAAUGGCCUUGAAGAGCUUUCAACGUGGCACCGUCAUAGGAUGCCACCUUUCCAACAAGUCAGUUCGUCAAAUGCAUUUCCUGUUAGAGCUGCCCCAGGUCAACUGUAAGUGCUGUUAUUGUGAAGUGGCAACGUCUAGGAGCGACAACGGCUCAGUCAUGAAGUACUAGGCGACACAAGCUCACAACGUGACCGCCGAGUGCUGAAGCACAAAACACGUAAAAAUUGUCUGUCUGCACUUGCAACACUGACUACAGAGUUCCAAACUGGGAGCAAUGCCAAGUGUAGGCUGGAGAGGUGUAAAGCUUGUUGCCAUUGUACUCUGGAGCAGUGGAAACGCAAGUUUGGUGAAGGAGGAAUAAUGGUCUGGGGCUGUUUCAUGGUUGGGGAAGACCCUUUCCUGUUUCAACAUGACAAUGCCCCCAUGCACAAAGCGAGGUCCAUACAGAAAUGGUUUGUCGAUGUGGAAGAACUGGACUGGCCUCUACUGAGCCCUGACCUCAACCCCAUCGAACAACUUUGGGAUGUAUUGGAACGCCGACUGCAAGCCAGGCCUAAUCGCCCAACAUCAUUGCUCAACCUCACUAAUGCUCUCCCCGCAGCAAUGUUCCAACAUCUAGUGGAAAGCCUUCCUAGAAGAGUGGAGGCUGUUAUUGCUGCAAAAGGAGGACCGACUCCAUAUUAAUGCCCAUGAUUUGGGAAUGAGAUAUUCGAUGAGCAGUGGUUUCACAUCCUUUUGGUCAUGUAGUGUGUAUGUAUAUAUACAGUACCAGUCAAAAGUUUUCACACACACCUACUCAUUCAAGGGUUUUUCUUUAUUUUGACUAUUUUCUACAUUGUAGAAUAAUAGUGAAGACAUCAAAACAAUGAAAUAACACAUGGAAUCACGUAGUAACCAAAAAAGUGUUAAACAAAUCAAAAUUUAUUUGAGAUUCUUCAAAGUAGCCACCCUUUGCCUUGAUGACAGCUUUGCACACUCUUGGCAUUCUAUCAACCAGCGUCACCUAGGAUGCUUUUCCAACAGUCUUGAAGGAGUUUCCACAUAUGCUGAGCACUUGUUUGCUGCUUUUCCUUCACUCUGCGCGGUCCAACUCAUCCCAAACCAUCUCAGUGGGUUGAGGUCAGGUGAUUGUGGAGGCCAGGUCAUCUGAUGCAGCACUCCAUCACUAUCCUUCUUUGUCAAUUAGCCCUUACACAGCCAGGAGGUGUGUUGGGUCAUUGUUCCUUGAAAAACAAAUGAUAGUCCCACUAAGCGUAAACCAGAUGGGAUGGUGCAUUGCUGCAGAAUGCUGUGGUAGCCAUGCUGGUUGUGUGCCUUAAAUUCUUUGAAAAAAUCAGUGUCACUAGCAAAGCACCCCCACACCAUCACACCUCCUCCUCCAUGCUUCACGGUGGGAACCACACAUGCGGAGAUCAUCCGUUCACCUACUCUGCGUCUCACAAAGACACGGCGGUUGGAACCAGAAAUCUCCAAUUUGGACUCAUCAGACCAAAGGACAGAUUUCCACCGGUCUAAUGUCCAUUGCUCGUGUUUCUUGGCCCAAGCAAGUCUCUUCUUUUUAUUGGUGUCCUUUAGUAGUGGUUUCUUUGCAGCAAAUUGACCAUGAAGGCCUGACUCAAGCAGUCUCAUCUGAACAGUUGAUGUUGAGAUGUGUCUGUUACUUGAACUCUGAAACAUUUAUUUGGGCUGAGGCUGGUAACUAUGGAACUUAUCCUCUGCAGCAGAGGUAACUCUGUGUCUAUCUUUCCUGUGGCAGUCCUCAUGAGAGCCAGUUUCAGCGUAGCGCUUGAUGGUUUUUACAACUGCAACUUUAAAAGUUCUUGACAUGUUUCGUAUUGACUGACCUUCAUGUCUUGAAGUAAUGAUGGACUGUCAUUUCUCUUUGCUUAUUUGAGCUGUUCUUGCCAUGAUAUGGGAUUGGUCUUUUACAAAAUAGGGCUAUCUUCUGUAUACCACCCCUACCUUGUCACAACUGAUUGGCUCAAAUGCAUUAAGAAGGAAAGAAAUUCCACAAAUUAAGUUUGUGGAAUGGCUCACUUGUUAAUUGAAAUGCAUUCCAGGUGACUACCUCAUGAAGCUGGUUGAUAGAAUGUCAAGAGUGUGCAAAGCUGUCAUCAAGGCAAAGGGUGGCUACUUUGAAGAACCUCAAAUAACGUAUAGUUAGAUUUUUUUAACACUUUUUUGGGCUGCAUGAUUCCAUACAUGUUAUUUCAUAGUUUUGAUGUCUUCACUAUUAUUCUACAGUGUAGAAUAGUAAAAAUAAAGAAAAAACAUGGAAUGAGAAUGUCUAAACUUUUAACUGGUACACACACACAAGUAGGAGGUUUACGUACACCUUGGCCAAAUACAUUUAAACUCAGUUUUUCACAAUUCCUGACAUUUAAUCCUAGUAAAAAUGCAAUGUCUUAGGUCAGUUAGGAAUCACCACUUUUAGUUCAGAAUAAUAGUAGAGGGAAUUAUAUAUUUCAGCUUUUAUUUCUUUCAUCACAUUCCCAGUGGGUCAGAAGUUUACAUACACUCAAUUAGUAUUUUGUAGCAUUGCCUUUAAAUUGUUUAACUUGGGUCAAACGUUUCAGGUAGUCUUCCACAAGCUUCCCACAAUAAGUUGGGUGAAUUUUGGACCAUUCCUCCUUACAGAGCUGGUGUAACUGAGUCAGGUUUGUAGGCCUCCUUGCUCGCACACGCUUUUUUAGUUCUGCCCACACAUUUUCUAUAGGAUUGAGGUCAGGGCUUUGUGAUGGCCACUCCAAUACCUUGACUUUGUUGUCCUUAAGCCAUUUUGCUUUGGGUCAUUGUCUAUUUGGAAGACCCAUUUGCAACCAAGCUUUAACUUCCUGAUGGAUGUUUUGAGAUGUUGCUUCAAUAUAUCCACAUAAUUGUCCUCCCCCAUGAUGCCAUCUAUUUUGUAAAGUGCACCAGUCCCUCCUGCAGCAAAGCACCCUCACAACAUAAUGCUGCCGCCCUGUGCUUCACGGUUGGGAUGGUGUUCUUCGGCUUGCAAGCCUCCCCCUUUUUCCUCCAAACAUAACGAUGGUCAUUAUGGCCAAACAGUUAUAGUUUUGUUUCAUCAGACCAGAGGACAUUUCUCCAAAAAGUACUAUCUUUGUGCAGUUGCAAACCGUAAUCUGGCUCUUUUAUGGCGGUUUCGGAGCAGUGGCUUCUUCCUUGCUGAGCGGCCUUUCAGGUUAUGUCGAUAUAGGACUCGUUUUACUGUGGAUAUAGAUACUUUUGUACCUGUUUCCUCCAGCAUCUCCACAAGGUCCAUUGCUGUUAUUCUGGGAUUGUUUUGCACUUUUCGCACCAAAGUACGUUCAUCUCUAGGAGACAGAACGCGUCUCCUUCCUGAGCGGUAUGAUGGCUGCGUGGUCCCAAGGUGUUUAUACUUGCGUACUAUUGUUUGUACAGAUGAACGUACAGGCAUUUGGAAAUUGCUCCCAAGGAUGAACCAGACUUGUGGAGGUCUACAAUUUGUUUUCUGAGGUCUUGGCUGAUUUCUUUUGAUUUUUUUCCCAUGAUGUCAAGCAAAGAGGCACUGAGUUUGAAGGUCGGCCUUGAAAUACAUCCACAGGUAUACCUCCAAUUGAUUCCAAUGAUGUCAUUUAGCCUAUCAGAAGCUUCUAACACCCUGACACCCUUUUUUUCUGGAAUUUUCCAAGCUGUUUAAAGGCACAGUCAACUUAGUGUAUGUAAACUUCUGACCCACUGGAAUUGUGAUAGUGAAAUAAUCUGUCUGUAAACAGUUGUUGGAAAAAUUACUUGUGUCAUGCACAAAGUAGAUGUCCUAACCGACUUGCCAAAACUAGUAUGUUAACAAGAAAUUUGUGGAGUGGUUGAAAAACGAGUUUAAAUGACUCCAACCUAAGUGUAUGUAAACUUCCGACUUCAACUGUAUAUAAUAUCUGGACGUUGUUUUUACAUUAUUUUGUUCUUGUAGACAUUUUUUAAAUAGAAAUGUGAUUUCUAGUGGUGGGGGUUCACAAGGACUAACUACGUUUUUUUUACUGAAGAGUGAUAAAGAAUAUGCAGAUUUUACCCAUACCCUUAACGUACCUUGUCAUUGUAAACAUCCCUGAGCUUUUCCUGGACAUUUUACCCUUACUCUAACCUGUUACCUCUUUCAACUUCUUUCUCCACUCUUUACUUAUACGCUAUGAAAGAGAAUGGUCACUAGCAAUGUACAUCGUAGGAGACGAGCUAAGCUGAAGAGUAAAGUUAAUGGGUUCUGUUUUAUCAUAUGCAAUUUGUAAUAUCAGAAUUCUACGGAUAUGACAUAUUUGCUAUCGUAGUGUAUUCCUACAUCCUACAUCCACAAAAAAAAAAUUGUUAUAGAUGAGCAGGACAUAGGAAUGUUGACGAGAUGUUAGCAGAUUUCUUUGAACAUUUGGUGUGUGAAUAUUUGUAUACCAUAGAGUCUAUGGCAUAGACAAACAAAUAAAGCAUAACAAUGCUGUC